AUGUCAAAGAUAACAAAAAGUCACUUUAGUCUUCUGCUCCUGGUACUGGUCGUCGCGGCUGCUUUUCUGACACUUUUCAACAACCAUAUUGUCCUCAUUGAAUGUACCGAAACCACCGAAACACUUUCACACUCGUCAUCGCCAUCAUUGGAAGAACCUCCAUCAUCGGAAUCUCCAUCACCACCAUUGAAAAAAAAGAAUUUCAAUGAUCAUCCUAGUUUUGAAUUUGAGCCACAUCCAUUCCGAUAUGUCUUUCCUGAUUUUAUGGCCUGUGAUUCCAAUAUUACUUCUAUUCGGACCUUUCUCGUAGUGUUAACAGGAAAAACCAAAGACAAACAAGAAAAACGACAACUCAUUGAAAAACAAAAAUCAAAAUUUUCAACUAUUUUGGUGGAGAAUAUUGAAGAGUUACGACAGCAACCUCAUCGUGUGAAGGAGCAUGAAGCACAAUUUACCAAAUUGGUAGAUUUCAUUUUUAAUGUCGAUUUAACACCUGCGAAAGUGUGUCAAUAUGUCUAUGAUACAGUUUUUGAGUAUGAUAUGAAGAAAUUGGGUAAAACGGUGGUGCAUUCGAAAGAAGAAUACGAGAGAGUGGUGAAGGAGAAGCAACGAGAGAGGGAAGAGAAGGAAAAGAAGAAGGAGGGAGUAAAAUUUCCAAAUAAAGAAAAGAAUGAACUGUAG